AUGCCACCUACACGGCGAAAGAGUCUUCCUAUACGGUCACCCAAAGAAGAUAUGAAGAAGAGAGAUAGAGACAGCAAGAGACACGAGCGUGAAGAAGAAGAAUCAUCUAGGCCAAUGCGCUGUUCUUCUGGUGCUAAGCCAAUGACUCGUAAUAGGGCCACACAGCAUAUGAGAAGUCCCCUGAAUCCUGAAAAAAUUAGCGAAACACUCACUAAAGCUGAAACUUCUGCUGCCUCUGGAGGGCCGGGAAAGAAGAGGGCUUAUACUGUGAUGAAUGAUAAUACUCCUCCAGUUAGAAGUAAGCCAGCUAGGGUAUCAAAAGCAAAGGUGGUGAAUGAGACAAUAUUCUCUGAAGAUGAUGCGUUAGUAAUACUUCAAGAGAUUUACAGCUUUUACAAGACUUCUGGCGAUCCUAAGGAAAACUUUAAAAAGGAUAUGUCUUCUUCUGGUGACCUGUCUGGCUUUUGUAACCAUUUGAAGCCAAAGAUUAUGCGCAAACCUUCUAUCGCCCAAGUCAAAAAUAAGAUUUAUAACUUGAGGAAUUCACUUGCAAACGUUUCCAAUUUUGUUGUUACGGCAGAAGGUGGACUAGACAUGGUUGUGAUUCAUAAACGCUUCCAAUUGUGGAAGCAGAUUUGGGGAGCUGGUGGUCUUCUAGACGAGCAGGACCCACAUGAUGAGGAUGAGCUUUUUAAAAAUGAUUUGUGUUUAAACUGUUUAGGAUUGUACUAA